ACAAAGGGUUAUAAACGAGUUGUGCAUUUCUUUUAGUAAAGUUCCUUUGUGAGCUGCACGAAAAUAUCGCAAAUUGGUAAUCGAUUAUAAAGAGCCAACAACCCACAUCUCCAACACUUAAUAAUAAAAAAAACACGAAAACACACAAAAACAAUAUAUUUUCAACACAUUAUUUAUAGUAGCAAAGUGCGUUAAUUGUUACUCUCUGCUGGAGCACUUAGACAGUGAAAGGUGCAUAUAUUUGAAGCAAUUUUAUACAUAAAACGUGGGGGUAGCAUAGCUAGCAGUAAGCCGUAAUGGAUGUUGAGGAGAACUUUGAGUCACAAAGCGCAACAGCAACAGAGUCUCAGCCAACGCUGGGGCAGCAGCAGCAGCAACAGCAGCAUCCAAGCCAGCCGCAACAAUUGCUGCUGCAGGAGAUGCAGUGUGAGCCAUUAUUUGGCACUACCACAAAUACAACAACAACCACAAAUCCAAUGAUGGAAACUAGCAAUAAUGGGAUACCAUUGCCAGCGCCACCAGGUCCACCAGGUCUCGUUGUGUCCAGCCAAGCAGUGCCUGCCGUCGUUACUACGCUUCCAUUACCACCCGCACAGCAAGCACAGCUAAAGGGGCUCGGUGGUAAUGCGCCAACAAAUGACUAUGAUAUUGAUUCGAUCCUACUGCAGCAAUUUAGCUGCAUGGGCACCACAGAUCAUGAGGAUCUGAUCAGUCAGUUCCAGAGCCUUAUGAAUAAUCAAAUGAAUCGAGAAUCGGCUCGUUUUUACCUCGAAAUGAGCAACUGGAACUUACAAACAGCUGUGGGCUACCAUUUGGACUUUUGCAGUCUACAGGGGUUGCCAUCAAUGAAAAUAGUGCAGGGACAGCAUGUGAACGCUCAACAGCAAGCGUUUCAGCUGCAAAACGAUGGCGCAGAUCGCUGGCCAAAUGGUUGCUUUUUAACAUCGCCUAUACAAAUGCAACGCAUCAAUGUGCCGUCCCUGCGUCCGGGCGAAACUUGUGAUAUAUUGGCUGAUCUGAUGCCCACUCAGCCGGCCAUUAUGUGGCGUCUCUGCACGCCAAACGGUUGGUACUUUGGCGAAGCUAUUUGGAUGAUACCGCCGGGCACUCAGGCUAGCCAGGAUGAGCUACAGCAACGCAUGGUGCAGCUGAUCACGUCGGAGGCGAAGCCAGAGUUCUAUCCGCAGAUCAACAUAGUGAUAACGGCGCAUACACAAUGAGGCUGCCGUCCGGUUCUUCUCAUUGUUUUUUAAAUGUUCAUGAUUAGAGUGCGGGUUCAAGUUGAAUUGGCACAACGCUAUUUCAAAUUUUUUGAUUUGGCAAGAUGUCGGGUUUUACGAAAAGCCCAAGUCUCCGUGUACUCCCAUUUCCUUCCCCAUUAGCUCAAAAACAAAACUGAUUUGUUUACUGUAGUCAUCUUAUUCGAUUUGUCAUACAUAAAAACUUCAUUUCGUAAAUAAUUUGGAAUUUAUGCGCGCGAAACGGUUUUUAGUAUAUAAGCUGUAUGGUUUUUUUGCCCGAAAUUUAAUCCUGUAACAAUUGUAGAUAUUAAGUGUUUUAUUGAACGAAUGAAAGACGAAAGAGUGAGCGUUUUAUUUAUA